AUGGAGCGUCUUCAAUCUAAAACAGACUACUAUUAUCUUAUGGACUUUUUAGGGAGAGGGGCUUUUGGAGAGGUGGUGAAGAGCAGGAAGGAGAACAGCGGGGAAAAUGUGGCUAUAAAAAUCCAUAAAAAUGAUGAUGACAAAAGGCAUGGAAUUUGGCAUGAGAUUAAGAUGCUAAAUGCCUUAAAAGAAGUGGACUCAGACAAAUGGAACAUCAUACGUUUCUAUGAACAUUUUCAUGACAGUGACACAUUUUAUCUGGUUUUUGAACUCCUGGAGCAAAGCCUUUAUGAUUAUCAGAAGCAAAACUCUUUUACACCGCUUCCCAUCAGACACAUCAGGACCAUAACAACUCAAGUCCUAAUAGCUUUAGGCAAGUUACAGGAACUUUCCAUCAUGCACACAGAUCUAAAACCAGAGAACAUAAUGCUGGUCAAUCAAACAAAAAAUCCCUUCAAGAUCAAACUUAUUGAUUUUGGUAAUGCAUGUAUUUCAAAGGAAGCCAAAUAUUUCAAACAACCCUAUAUGCAGACACGAUAUUACAGGUCUCCGGAAAUACUUCUGGGAUUGCCUUUUUCUUCCAAAAUUGACAUGUGGUCUCUUGGAUGUAUCAUUGGAGAAUUACAUACUGGAUGUCCUCUAUACCCAGGAGCCCAUGAAUACGAUCAAAUUCGCUACAUCUAUGACACCCAUGGAAUGCCCAAGAGCCAAUUGCUGACUGCAGGAGGCAAAACAUUCAACUUUUUUAAAAAGAUAAUUGAUAAAAAUGUCGGGAGCAAAUGGUCACUAAAAUCAGCAGAAGAGUACUGGUCUGAAACCAAAAUAAUACCUUAUGAAACAAGAAAAUAUGUUCUGAAAUCACUGGACCAGCUCAAAUUGAUCAAUGCUCAAUCUUCUUCAGAUAAUGACUUCAUGGCUGAAUAUUAUGACAAGGAGAACAUGGUCAGUUUGAUAAAGCAGAUGCUUACAUGGGAUUCCCAUGAAAGAAUAAGUCCUAACUUAGCCAUGAGACAUCCCUUUAUAUCUGUCAGAGAAAUAAAAAACAAACAUGAAAACACUUUCCAGAACUCAAUUGAAAUAGCAAAAAAACAAGACUUCAAUGUGUUCCCAGGCUAUCAGGCCCCUAAGCCUUCUCUGAAAAACAAUAUUGACCAAAUGGUCAAUGUUUGCAUUGAAGAUCCAAAAGAAGUAAAGAUCAACAUUUGGGAAGAGGAAACAGAGAUGAACAAAAUGCAAAAAAAUUGUUCAGCUCAUCAAGAUUGUUACAUAAUCUUUCCAGCUAGCAAUGCAGCUCAACAUUAUCAUAACCCAAGAGAUAAUCCAGUAACGGUGAAUAUAGAACAACAUGAUGCAAAACACUCAAAGGUCAAUCACAAGCCGGGUGAUUCCAAGCAGCUGCGUAACGAUGGAGCUUACAGCUAUAAAUCUGUGUCUGCAUUAGACAGGAUCAGAUUAUGUAUCAGAAACCUCACUAGCCGCAUAUUUUAA